AACAAACGCGACAUAAGGACAUCUUGCGCCCUCUUGCGGCCGUCUAGAGAAGCACGCUGCGCAGGGUUCCGGAAAGGAACAUACGGGCUUACAGUUAAGCGGUGCUCUCCCGCCCCCUGGUGGCCAUCCCGUGAAUCACUGAAAUUCUCAAUGGCCCACAUCUAUUUGCUUCUGAAAGGAGUGAUGCUCUGCUCCAUUACUGGGUGCUCUCUUGGCCAGAAUUUGUCUGGCAUCCAUAGGCUAGAGAACAGGGAAAUCUUCAUGCUUUUGAGACAGAUAAAAAGGAUCCCCUCUCAUUCAUGCCUAAAGGACAGAACUGACUUUAAAUUUCCUGGGAAAAGAGGGAAUGUCACAGAAACACAGACAUCUCAAGGCACCUGUUACCAUCAUCUGAUGCUCCAGCAGAUCAUCAACCUCUUCAACACAGAGGACAGCUGUGCUGCUUGUAACAAUACCCUCCUCGAUCAACUACUCUCUCGUCUUGAUCAUGGCCUGGAGCAACUAGAGCAGAUGGAAGACGACCAUCUGGCUUGCCCCUAUUUGGGAAGUGUUGUCAGGAAGUAUUUCCAAAGAAUACAUCGCUACCUGAAGGAAAAGUAAUACAGCUCCUGAGCCUGAGAGGUUGUCAGAGUUGAAAUUGAAGUGUGUCUGUUCCUCAUGUAACAAUCCUCAAA